AAUAAAAAUAAAACAAUAUUCUCUUAUUCCACAAAUAUAAGAGAAACAUAAUUUAGGGUUUAGAAGCGAGGAAGAUCAGGCCAGACCUCUGAGCGGCGGGAGAAGGGUAAUCGACAUAGUUGCAGUGUCUGGAGUGAUAUCAAUCUAGCCAAUAUGGGGAAGACACGUGGUAUGGGAGCAGGUCGUAAGCUGAAGACCCACAGGAGGAGGCAGCUGUGGGCAGACAAGGCUUACAAGAAGAGCCAUCUUGGUAAUGAGUGGAAGAAACCCUUUGCCGGUUCCUCUCAUGCGAAGGGCAUUGUCCUUGAGAAAAUAGGUAUUGAGGCUAAGCAGCCUAACUCUGCUAUUCGAAAGUGUGCAAGAGUUCAGCUUAUCAAGAAUGGAAAGAAGAUUGCUGCGUUUGUUCCAAAUGAUGGUUGUUUGAACUACAUCGAAGAAAAUGAUGAGGUGCUCAUUGCUGGAUUUGGGCGAAAAGGGCAUGCUGUGGGAGAUAUUCCUGGAGUUCGGUUUAAGGUUGUUAAGGUGUCUGGUGUAUCGUUGUUAGCUCUUUUUAAGGAGAAAAAGGAGAAGCCACGAUCAUGAGCUGGUUGUUUAAGUGGUUCUUUAAAGGACAUGACUGGCAUUUAGAAGCUUUGAGAAGUUUAAUCACGGGAACAUGAUUUCAGUUAUUGUAUGGAUUUAUAAACAAAUUUUGAUUAAGAUUGUCUUCUUCAAACUGUGAA